GCAAGUAUACAUGGCUAAAGAAAUCAGAACUGGAGAAAUUGUAGCACUGAAGAAAAUUAGGAUGGACAAUGAAAGAGAAGGGUUUCCCAUUACUGCAAUACGAGAAAUAAAAAUCCUAAAGAAGCUGCAGCAUCAGAAUGUCAUCCAACUGAAAGAGAUUGUGACAUCUCCAGGUCCAGAGAAAGACGAACAAGGAAAGCCAGAUGGGAACAAAUACAAAGGAAGCAUCUAUAUGGUUUUCGAAUAUAUGGAUCAUGAUCUAACUGGGCUGGCAGAUCGUCCUGGCAUGAGAUUCACCGUACCACAAAUAAAGUGUUACAUGAGGCAGCUGUUAACUGGACUACAUUAUUGUCAUGUUAACCAGGUGCUUCAUCGUGACAUCAAAGGAUCUAAUUUACUGAUUGAUAAUGAGGGAAAUCUAAAACUGGCUGAUUUUGGGCUUGCACGCUCAUUUUCUAGUGAUCACAAUGGCAACUUAACUAAUCGUGUAAUAACUUUGUGGUAUAGGCCUCCGGAGUUGCUGCUAGGAGCAACCAAGUAUGGUCCAGCUGUAGACAUGUGGUCUGUUGGUUGUAUAUUUGCAGAGCUUUUACAUGGAAAGCCCAUCUUACCUGGGAAAAAUGAGCCAGAACAGUUGACGAAGAUUUUUGAGCUCUGUGGAACUCCAGAUGAGGUGAACUGGCCUGGUGUUACUAAGAUGCCUUGGUAUAACAACUUCAAGCCUUCAAGGCCAACGAAGAGACGUGUCAGGGAGCUUUUCAAGCAUUUCGACCGUCAUGCCUUGGAGUUAUUGGAGAGGAUGUUAAUGCUCGAUCCAUCUCAGAGAAUAUCAGCAAAAGAUGCACUUGAUGCAGAGUAUUUCUGGGCUGAUCCCUUACCAUGUGAUCCAAAAAGCCUUCCGAAGUACGAAUCUUCCCACGAGUUUCAGACGAAGAAGAAGCGCCAGCAACAACGCCAGCACGAAGAAAUGGCGAAGCGUCAGAAGCUUCAGCACCCUCAGCCUCAUGCCCGUCUUCCUCCCAUCCAACAGACCGGUCAACCUCAUCCCCAAAUGUGGCCUGGUCCCGGUCAACCCAUUGAUGAGGUGAUCAACUCUUCGUUGACUCCUGUUAAUGCCUAUAAGGAUUUCGUGCCGUUAACUUCAGCAACAAUGUUCAUUAACAAGAAUUGCGACUAUUUCAGUUGGGUUGAUGACAUUGACGAGGUCCCUCCAAAUCGUGAUCAGCCGAGGAGAGAUUCAGCGAUGGAGUGGAGAUUGUUCCCAAGACUUGAUCAUCUGGAUUUCAACCCAAAUCCCAUUCUUGGCCCGUUGAUUAUCAUUGUUGUCCUCAUUAUUGUAGUUGCUAGUUUCAAAUAG